AUGGAAGAUGUUCGGUACCCCGGACCCCGGUACCGCACGGCCCGGUUUAUCAUAACAAACUCUGGAAGUGGUCAUACUGUUCCUGGGGCUAGGUAUAAAGAGUAUCGUCUUCAGGAUUACAGCUCCUGGUUUGUCAAACAGCUAGAUGACACGGAGAAAUGGGCUCGCCUGAAGAGCUGCCUAGUGAAGACAGAUGACUGCAAUAACUUGUCAAAAAGAUACAAGACUGCAAGAGAGUACAAGCUUGCAGACCUUACUCCCAUGGAGUCGGGUUGCUGCUGCCCACCAGCAGAGUGCGGGUACCCAGCUCUGAAUGCAUCCUAUUUCGAUCUGAGCUAUCAUCCGGUGAGCACCAACGUCGACUGCAAACUGUACAAGAACGCCCGAUCUGUCAGGUGCUACGACUGCAAUUCUUGCAAAGCUGGGGUCGCGCAGUACAUGAAGACAGAGUGGCGAGUGGUGGCUAUCUUCAACGUGAUAUUGUUCGUCAUCCUGUCGUUCGUGUACUUCGUUGGCUGCUGUGCGCGGCGAAACACUGGAGGAAGUGAUACGAAAGGUCGUGGCAGGUGA